CCUGAUUGCAGUUUUCCCCUCAUUGUCGCACGCCCUUCUCUCUAUCUACUACUUCCUACUCUCCACUACUCUCACUCUCCAACCAUGUCGACCGCCGACGCCGAGCACAGAGAAGAAGAGGAGCCUCUCGCCGGAGAUGACGAGGACACCGGAGCCCAGGUCGCCCCGAUCGUCAGGCUCGAGGAGGUCGCCGUCACUACCGGUGAAGAGAACGAAGAUGCUGUCCUCGAUCUGAAAGCUAAGCUGUACCGAUUUGAUAAGGAUGGGAAUCAGUGGAAAGAGCGAGGUGCUGGCACUGUGAAGCUUCUGAAGCACAAGGAGUCCGGCAAGGUUCGCCUUGUUAUGAGGCAGUCUAAAACCCUAAAGAUCUGCGCCAAUCAUCUUGUUCUGCCUAAGAUGACGGUUCAGGAGCACGCCGGGAAUGAGAAGUCAUGUGUGUGGCACGCUACUGACUUUGCUGAUGGUGAAUUGAAGGAAGAGCUUUUCUGCAUUAGAUUCGCUUCGAUUGAGAAUAACAGGUUGUUCAUGGAAAAGUUCCAGGAAGUUGCUGAGUCCCAAGAGCCUGAAGAAGAAAAUGAAGAUGCUAGUGCAGCUGCUGGGCUUCUCGAGAAUUUGAAGGUUGAGGAGAAAGAGACUAAGACCGAAAAGAAAGAUGAGGAAGCGGCACCUGCUGAAGUCAAGGAGGAGGAGAAGGACAGUAAGAGUGAUAAGGCUGGAGAAUCCACUUCCUCAACUUGAAUAUAGGUGUUUUGUUAUAUCCAUAUAUAUACUUGAGAUCCUGAUGAGGUUAGUUUGGCUGGCUACUGUUUUGCGUCAAAGUCUUGGGAUAAUUCAAGGUGGUGGUGAAGUUGAGUCAUUGUUUAUGGGCUCAAUGCUGUGUGUCUUUUCAGAGUCUGGUUUGUUGUCAAGAGUCUCUCCCUAGAGUUUUCCCAUAUUGGGAGUAAGUUGCAGGUCAGCGAAAAUUACUUGUUAUUUAUAAACAGAGGAGCUUUUGUUUGGAUAUAAAUUCUUGAUUUGUUCACGGUCUUGGUUAGUUUUAUGAGCAGUGUGGUUCUAUUGCUUAUUGCAAUGAAUCACAUGUUGCAUCUGCCAGAACAAAGUUGUCUUUUCUGGCAGAAGCAUUUCGGUUGU